AUGCACAUUAUGGCUUGUGCCGCCUUAGAGAUUUCCAAAGUUAACAUCUUGAGUCUACCAAUCUAUGGCCUCCAUAAUAACCUCCUUAUACACAAUAUCUUUAGUUUUUCGUUUUUUCUUUCUUUCUCUCUUUCUCUCAUCCUUCAGCUACCUUUAUGUCUUUUCUUUCUUUCUUUUUAUUUUACGCCAAACCUCUGUAUUAUUAUUUUAUUCUAUCACUGCCUUUUCCUUAGUUUCUUUUUUUCUUUCUCUUUCUUAUCUUUCAUGUCAGACGUCUGUGUUAUUAUUUUAUUCUUUCUUUCUUUAAUUCUUUAUUUUUUUCUUUCUGUCUUUUACGCCUCCCUUGUAUAUUAUUAUUUUAUUCUGCCAUUUUUUCCUUCCUUCCUUCCUUCUUUUCUUUCUUGCUUUUACGUAAAACACCUGCAUUAUUAUUUCCUCCUGUCGUUUUAUGUUUCUUUCUUUUUUUUCACCAAUUAUUUCUUUCUGUUUCUCUCUGCAGUUUUCUCUCCUCCCCUCUCUCUCUCUCCUCCCCUCUCUCUCCCUCUCUCUCUCCCCCUCCUCUCUCUCUCUCCUCCCCUCUCCCCCUCUCUCCCCUCUCCCCUCUCUCUCUCUCUCUCUCUCUCUCUCUCUCUCUCUCUCUCAAUUUCACCAUCCAAUCUUUUCUCUUUCUUUUUUCUUGCUAUCAUUCCCAAUACUGGCCAAUUUGUACAAAACAUAUCUUUUAACAUCGUUUAUUUUUCCUUAUUUUUUUAUUUCUGUUUAAUAUCAAUCUUUCUUUAUUCCAUCAACGUUAUAACAAUCUUCUUUCUUUCUUUCUUUCAUUACUUCCUUCCUUCAUUCUUUUCUUUCUUUUAUGUCGUCUACGACUUCUUACUUUGUAACUUCAUUUCUGUCUAUCAUUUUUUUUUCCUUUUUUCUUCAGUUUUCUUCUUCCAGGCGAAAUAUUAA